ACAAUCACUUCCGCCGCCGCCGCCGCCGCUGCCUGCUCCGCUGAGGUCUGGCGGGGGAAGAGCUGGAGACCCAGGAGCAGAGGCUCUGGCGGUUGUGGCGGUCAGAGGUAAAAGAGCUCUGCUCCUCCGAAGAUCUUGCGGGUGUCCGGACUGGGUCUACACCUGACAGUCACUGGAAUGCUACUCAAGGCCUUAGAAGAAAGUGAAACUAAUUUUAAAGGCCCCUUAUUCUUUCUGUUACCUGCCUGCUGAAGUGAAAAUAAAUCUCCUUGCUCCUUUAUUCUGAACUGAUUUGACAGUCCCAUCUCAAAAGCGUGUGCAGGGAGCAGGAGCCUUUCACCCAAGCCCCAGCUGUAUUUGGAAACCUUCCUAAGUCAGAGCAAUGGGUCAGGAAUCUAGCAAGCCUGUAUGGCCCAAACCAGCAGGAGGGUAUCAGUCCAAUACAGGCAGGAGAUAUGGAAGAAGGCAUGCUUAUGUCAGUUUCAGGCCAUCUACGAGCCAGCAGGAAAGGAUUUCCAGCCAGAGAAAGACGACAUCUGAAGUCCCAAUGCACAGAUCAGCCCCCAAUCAAACCACCAGGAGGAGCCGAUCACCAUUUUCCACCACUCGACGUAGUUGGGAUGACAGUGAGAGCUCGGGAAGCAGUCUGAAUGCUAAUAAUGAGGACUAUUCCAGGUAUCUGCCAAGAGAGUACAGGGCUUCGGGUAGCAGAAGAGGAAUGGCUUAUGGACAUAAUGACUCCUAUGGGGCCAAUGAUAGUGAGGAGGAGGGGACUGGGCUUGUUGAGCGACCUCAAGGGAGAGGGGAAAUUGGCAAGUGUAAUGAUGAUAAGCUGUAUGACCCAGAGAAAGGGGCAAGGUCUUUGGCUGGGAAGCCACCACAGUUCUCUAGUUUUAACCAUGAUGUGAAAGAGGAGAUUGACAAGUUAGACAUAGCCCCUACAGUGAGAUGCUCUGCUAAGAAAGCUGAGUUUGUGCAGCAAAAUGGCAUGUCUUCUGCUGAAGACAAGGUGGCUACAAGCAAAGACAUCUCAGAGAGGGAAAGACAGGAGCAGAAUUUAUCUGAGUGUCCCAGCAGGGCUCCUGUGAGUAUUUGUGGUGGUGGGGAAAACACCCCAAAGAGUUCAGAGGAACUGGUGGUUAGGCCCAAAAUCAGAAAUCUGGCGAGUCCAAAUUUUGUGAAACCAAAAAUAUUUUUUGAUACUGAUGAUGAUGAUGAUAUACCACACAGUACUGCCAGGUGGAAGGAUACUGUCAACACUGAUGAAGGCCACUCAGAUGGCCUGGCAAGAAAAGGCAGAGGUGAAAGUUCAAGUGGCUACUCUGAGCUGAAGUACCCUGAAGAGAAGAGAGAAGCAAGGAACCAUCAAGUGAAACCGGAAAAGGUGCUAAGACAACGACGAACCAUGGCUGACUCUGACUUCUGGACCUACGGUGACGAUUACUACAAAUACUGUGAUGAAGACUCUGACAGUGAUAAAGAGUGGACUGCUGCUCUGCGUUGUAAGUACCGAGGUCGAGAGCAAACUCUGUCCUCAAGUGGUGAAAGCUGGGAGACUCUACCAGGGAAAGAAGAUCAUGAACCUGAGCAACCUAGAGUUAAUGCCAGUGCCAGCACCAGCCCCAGUGCCAGUGCCAGUGCUAGCAGGAAUGGCAGCAAUUAUCUUGAAGAAGUUCGAGAACCAUCUCUUCAGGAGGAGGAGCCAGCAUCACUGGAAGAAGGAGAAAUUCCUUGGCUGCAAUACAAUGAAAAUGAGAGUAGCAGUGAGGGAGAUAAUGAUUCUGGUCAUGAGUUUAUGCAACCUGGAGUGUUCAUGCUGGAUGGAAACAACAACCUUGAAGAUGACUCCAGUGUGAGCGAAGACCUGGAAGUGGAUUGGAGCCUCUUUGAUGGAUUUGCAGAUGGAUUAGGAGUGGCUGAAGCCAUUUCCUAUGUGGAUCCUCAGUUUCUUACCUACAUGGCACUUGAAGAACGGCUGGCUCAAGCCAUGGAAACUGCCCUUGCACAUUUGGAGUCCCUUGCAGUGGAUGUAGAGGUGGCCAAUCCACCAGCGAGCAAGGAGAGCAUCGACACUCUUCCUGAGAUUCUGGUCACUGAAGAUCACAGUGCAGUUGGUCAGGAAAUGUGUUGCCCCAUCUGUUGCAGUGAAUAUGUGAAGGGGGAGGUGGCAACUGAGUUGCCGUGCCACCACUAUUUCCACAAGCCGUGUGUGUCCAUCUGGCUUCAGAAGUCAGGCACCUGCCCUGUGUGCCGCUGUAUGUUCCCUCCCCCACUCUAAAGACCAAGGCUGUUUACUCCUGGUCUGAUUAUUUUCCCCAUCUGAAAUCCACAGUACUGCAGGAGCCCUCUCAAAAUUAACUACAAUGAAACCAAUCAAUCAAACUAAACUUGUUGAUUCCUUGUGAUUAUUUCCAAUGUGAAAAUGGUUGUGUAUGAUUGCAUUAAAAUCAUAUUGUCUUUUAGAGGUUAGAAAGGGAAAAGUAAACUUUCUAAAUGCUGCUUGGGACUAUAGUAAGAACAUAAAUUUUCUAACUUGAAAGUUGAAAUAAGUUGCAUUUGUUUUUUCCAGUAGAAUAAUAUGUUGCUGUUAAUUGUAAUGUCAAAUUUAUCUGUUAACUAUGUCCAAAAGACAUAAUCAUUUUUGUUGCAUGUUACAGGUUCCUGUAAUUGCAGUGCAGUAAAAGCUUAUUAAAGUUCUCCUUUUGAUUUUA